UUUGGGGUGCUCACCUGCUGUUGUUGCUCCCCAGGAAGGUGAACCUCCUUGUCAUGGGGCUGGACAAUGCAGGGAAAACCUCCGUCAUCACGGACAUAGAGAGAGCGCUGGCCGGGGAGGUGCUGCCCGGGGAGCAGCCCGGCCAGAGCCGCCUGCGGGUGGACAGGUUCGAGGUGACGCUGCUGGAGCUGCCCGGGGCACAGCGCUCCCGCAGCGCCUGGCGCAGCCACUACAGCGAGGCACACGGGCUCCUCUUCGUGCUGGACUCCGGGGACCUGGCACGGGUGGAGGAGGCCCGCAAGGUCCUGAGCCGCGUCCUGAGCCACCCUGAUGCCUCCGGGAAGCCGCUCUUGCUGCUGGCCAACAAGCAGGACACGCCGGCCGCGCUGCUGCCCUGCGAGCUGAUCGAGCGGCUGUGCCUGGAGCGCCUGGUCAACGAGAACCGCUCUCCGUGCCGCAUCGUGAGUGCGGGGCCGGCUCCGCUGCCGCUGCCGCUGCCCCCGCCCGGCGCUGCCUGCUCUGAUCCCCGCCCGCCCUCCCGCAGGAGCCCUGUGUCGCCAAGCGGGUCCCCCCCGCCGGCCCGGCCCGCACCACCCUGCAGGGGCUGCGCUGGCUCCUCCGCGCCGCCGCCGCCUCCCCCGCCCCGCCGGACGCCGCCCCGGUGCCGCCUGCCCCGCGGGCCGCCCGCGGCCGCCCGCCCGCCCGCAGCGCUCGUCCUCACCCCGCUGUGCUCCCUCCCGCAGGGACCGGGCGCGCCCCGGGGAGGAUGCUCGGGAGGGCGCGGGGAAGAACGGGGAGCCCCGGGCGGUGCGCCCCGUCUGCCGCCUCCUGCCCCUGGUGAGUGA